AAUCGGUGUUGGCGCGAGAAAUUAUUUAUUUACUUGGUUAAUGAAUGGUUAUUUUCUUGUUUAUUUCAGUAAAAAAAUUAACAAUGAAACUACAGUGCCAAGUAGAAGUUGUAAAUAGACUACACAAUGCUUUAAAUGUAAGAAAAAGUGGGAAGUAUUUGAAAUCAACUUUAGCCAUCGGCAAGGAACCGAAGUCUGAAACGGAAUAUUUUAUAUUACAUUUCUCAUCAGUUAAUAAGACCGGAACAAAGUAUAGGGUCAAAAGUAUAAAGCAAGUGUUCGUAAAAUGUUUAAAUGAGGGUAAAGCUACGAUAAGAUUUGAAGAACCUCCGCACGAUUUGUGUAUCAAAAGUGAGACUAUACAAUUGAAGUGUUUUAUGCGGAUACUCAAGUCGUGUAUAACAGGAGAUGCAAAGGACCUACAGCUAGGCACUUUCUCAAGCAUAAGUGUGACUUCUAAGGACAAUGCACCCACAAAACUUGUUAUUAAUUACCGCAGUGAGUUUCCUGUGAAAGGUCUACCGAGAACAUUAGAAUCCUUGCAUAUAAAUGGGCUUGGAUUGUCUAAUUUUAGAAGAGAUAUAUUGUUAUUGAAAUUACUGACAAUACUUGAUUUAAGUAAUAAUGAAAUUGACAAGAUACCUUCAGAGUUUGGUAGAAUGCCUAAUUUAUGUGAGCUGUACUUGGGCAGUAACAAACUAGGAACCCAGAAGGAAAUAAAUUGGAACUGGUUAUUUGGACCUCAGAUAACUAAAUCUCUAAAACUAUUGGACUUAAGCAGCAACCAGUUGACACAACUUCCAAAGGCAAUAUGGAAAUUACAAAAAUUAGUUACCCUGAAAUUGGAUAAUAAUCAGCUGGAAAAACUACCAGGACCUAUUGGCCGAAUUAGCACAUUAAGGUACUUAACCAUAUCAAGAAAUGCACUGUGUUCUCUACCAUGCAGUCUAAUGCAGUGCAAUUUGGAAUACUUGGACAUCUCCACUAACAAUUUUAAUCAUCACAUAGAAAACCCAGAAUUCAAGCAGCACUCACCGUGGGACUUCUAUGUCGGCAGUUUAGUACAUUUAGCAUCAAAAGUGGUGCUGAAACAUAGAAUGUUUUACGCACCUAAUAUAAUACCACGGACUCUUGUGGAAUUUCUAGACAAUGCUAAUAUGUGUGUGUGUGGAAUGCCUGUGGUGAAUGACAUGUACUUUAGGAAUAAGCGGUAUGAACUUAAAGAUUUUUUCAGAGCUGUGGUGUUUGACAAUAACAGGACUAGUACUGUUGCAUUUGAGUGUUACUAUUGUUCUCCUAGGUGUUUUAGUAGAUAAUCGACUGAUUAAUUUUAAG